CGUGGCCCCUGCAGGGUGUCGCCUUGGACACAGCGAUCUCCACCCAAAAGCUGAAACUGAGUUAAUUUCCUUCACCAUGACUUGCCCCUCCCUGCAGAGCCCAGCCGCCUCUCCUGCCAGUCCUCCUUCCUGCGCGCUGCGGACCGACAUGCUGUUGUGAGCCUGCUCUGCCGGCCGGCAAGAUGGGGAACUCCUACGCCGGCCAGCUGAAGAGCACGCGUUUUGAGGAGGUGCUGCACAGCUCCAUCGAGGCCUCGCUGCGCUCCAGCAGCCUGGUGCCGCGGCCCAUCUUCUCCCAGCUCUACCUGGAAGCCGAGCAGCAGCUCUCCUCGCUGGAAGGGGGCAGUCAAGUGGACAAUGAGGAAGAGGAAGAGGAGGGAGAUGGUGGACUGGAGACGAACGGACCCCCAAAUCCCUACCCACUGGCGUCUCCUCCUGAAGGGUGCUGUACCACGGAUGGGUUCUGCCAGGCCGGGAAGGACCUACGUCUGGUGUCCGUCUCCAGCGAGCCCCUGGAGGUCCCCGCUGGCUUCCUGCUGGUGGGGGCCAAGUCCCCCAGCCUGCCUGACCAGCUGCUCGUGUGCGCUGUGGACCAGCGCUUCCUGCCGGAUGACAGCGGCCACAACGCCCUGCUCGGUGCGUGCUCCCUCUGGGGACUGAGGCUGGCCCUGGAGCCUCUGAGGUUUGACUCUUUUGUGGGUUGUGGGGAGCAACAACUCUGGCCAGAGUUCAGAAGCCGCCAGGCCUUGGCGAGUGCGGGCUCUGGUCCCAUCCUCCCGCCGCUGGAGGGCUCAGGACCUCUGGCUGUCUUUUCCAGCGAGCCCGGUGCUCCUGGGUCGAACCCUGGCAUCCCAACAGGCGCUCAGCAGGCAGGAUCAGCGCCGUUCUCCGAGCAGCCUCUGCCAGCAGCGGCCCCAGGUACAGUGGUCUUCCAUGGCAGGGACUCCCCCAGGCACCAGCAGCUGGCACGGAGCAGCUUGGCCGUGCUGGCACGGCCCUCAGCCUUAGGGAUCUUGUCAAACUCUGGCCCCCCCAAAAAACGCCACAGAGGGUGGUCUCCAGAGUCCCCAUGGGCUGCAGAUGCCAGCUAUGCUCAGGGUGGCAUGAACAGAGCUAAGUUUGAAGGUGCAGGGGUGGCAUGUGUGCCACAGGCCAGCAUGGUGGGACCGGCUGCAGUCACUUUUCCUGUCGUGGCCUCUGGAGAACCCGUGUCUGUUCCUGACAAUUUGCUGAAGAUAUGCAAGGCCAAGCCGGUGAUAUUUAAAGGCCACGGGAACUUCCCCUACCUGUGCGGGAACUUGAACGACGUGGUGGUCAGCCCGCUGCUGUACACCUGCUACCAGAACUCCCAGUCCAUCUCCCGGGCCUACGAGCAGUUCGGCUCCUCAGCUGUGCAGCCUAUUUCCGAGGAGAUGCAGCUCCUGCUCACUGUUUAUUACCUUGUCCAGCUGGCUGCUGACCAGGUGCCAUUGAUGGAGGAGCUGGAGCAGAUCUUCCUGCGCUCCUGGCGAGAGUCGCACCUUGCCGAGGUCCGGCAGUGCCCACAGGUGCAACCGCAGCCUUACCCGCCCACACCUGGCCCUGUGGCACCUGUGACCUCGGCGCAGCUGCCCUGGCUGGCUGGCCUGGCCGCCAGCUCCUGCAAUGACAGCGUGCAUGUCAUCGAGUGUGCCUACUCACUGGCUGAGGGCCUGGCCGAGAUGUUUCGCCUGCUCGUUGAGGGCAAGCUGGCCAAGACCAAUUAUGUGGUGAUCAUCCGUGCCUGCCGCAACACUGCCAUUGACUCCUGCAUUGCCGUCACUGGGAAGUACCAGGCCCGCAUCCUGUCCGAGAGCCUGCUCAGCCCUGCCGAGUACCAGCGGGAGGUGCACUGCGAGCUGGCGAGCGGCAAGGUGGACUCGCUGGGGGCCUUUUUCAGCACCCUCUGUCCAGAGGGUGACAUUGACAUCUUGCUGGACAAAUUUCACCAGGAAAAUCAAGGCCAUUCUUCAUCUUUGCUGACUUCCACAUUUGUCACUAACACAGUGGGCCUGGAGGUCGGCGGGACCCCUGUGUGCACGAGUGACUGCCCGGAGCCACGUGGCGUCCGGCCUGCCCAGCUGGCGGUGGCGCAGAAGCUGCUGUCACAUGUGUGCUCCAUCGCGGACUCCAGCACUCGGAACCUGGACCUGGGCUCCUUCGAGAAGGUGGACUUCCUGGUCUGUGUCCCGCCCUCCGAGGUCACCUUCCAGCAGACCGUGGCCCACGUAUGGCGCUCAGGCGUGCUGCAGGAGCUGGGCUUGGAGCUGGAGCCUGCAGCCAGGCAGGGGCUGGAGCAGCACGUGCUGAAGCUGGAUGCAGAGGCGCCCGCCAGCUUCACAGCGUUCCUGCAGCGUUCCCACCGGAGCCCACACACGCUCUUUGUGCUCAUCCAUGACCACGCACACUGGGACCUUGUGAGUAGCGCCGUCCACAAUCUCUGCUCCCAGGGUGACCCCUGCGUGGGGCUGGUGGACAGACUGCUCAACUGCAGGGAGGUGAAGGAAGCCCCCAACAUCGUGACGCUGCAUGUGACGUCCUUCCCGUAUGCACUGCAGACUCAGCGCACACUCGUCAGCCCCUACAACGAGGUCCACUGGCCCAUCCCCCACAGCGACGGCGCAGGGCUGUAUCCUGAGAGCAAGAAGUACUUCGGGCUGUCCGAGUUCAUCGAGUCUACUCUCUCUGGACACAGCCUCCCUUUGCUCAGAUAUGACAGCUCCUUCGAGGGCAUGGUCACUGCGCUGGGAAAAAGGUUCCCCCGCCUGCACAGCGCGGUCAUCAGGACACUGGUCCUGGUCCAGCACUAUGCAGCCGCCCUGAUGGCCGUGCGUGGCCUGCCACAGAUGAAGAACCACACGUCGGUGGAGACCCUGGAGAUCACGCAGAACCUGCUCAAUGCCCCCAAGCAGUGUCCGUGCGGCCAUGGGCUCAUGGUGCUGCUGCGCGUUCCCUGCUCGCCCCUGGCCGCCGUGGCUUACGAGCGGCUGGCGCAUGUGCGGGCACGGCUGGCCCUGGAAGAGGCCUUCGAGAUCAUCCUGGGUGACCCCAGCGCCAGCAUCACUGUGGGCAAGCACUUCGUGAAGCAGCUCAAGCUGUGGCAGAAGAUCGAGGAUGCAGAAUGGAGACCGCAGACAUACCUGGAACUGGAGGGCCUGCCCUGUAUCCUCAUCUUUAGUGGGACCGACCCUCACGGCGAGUCCCUGCCCAGGUCUCUGCGGUACUGUGACCUGCGCCUCAUCAAUGCCUCUUGCCUGGCGCGCUCGGCCCUGGAGCAGGAGCUGGGCCUGGCUGCCUACUUCGUGAGCGGUGAGGCCCCUGCAGAGCAGGCAGCCAGGAGUGAGGCCCCUGACAGCGACGGGGAGAAGCCCAGCAGCUCGGACAAUGAGGAUGAGGAGGCGGGAGCUGAAGCGUGCUUUGAAAUAGCCUCCCCGGCAGAGAGGCGCAGCCCCGUGAGGAGGGAGCGGUCCUGUUCCCACGAUUCUGCGUCCUCCUCCCUGUCCUCCCGUGUGUCUGGCUCUGUGCUGUGCAGUGAGACCUCAGCUCAGCCCCCUGGGCCCGCACAGGGGGAGCUGGCCAGGUCCUCCCCACCCUAUAGCUCUGCGGAGGAGGCCAGGGCCCCUGUGGAGAAGCCAAGGCCUGAAGGCAUUCCCCGCGCUGGCCAGUGGAGCCUGCAGGCAUCGGCCGCCUCAUGGGCACAGCCAGCCUCCUCCUCCCCCCCAGGAGGAGGGUCCUCUGGGGGUGCCCUGGCCCUGCAGGCCUCGCAGUGCUCCCUGGCCAAGGCCUGCCGUCAGCCACCCAUUGUCUUUCUGCCCAAGUUGGUAUAUGACAUGGUCACAGCCACUGACAGCAGUGGCCUGCCCAAGGCUGCCUCCCUGUUGCCUGCACCCUCUGUCAUGUGGACGAGCUCCUUCCGGCCUUUGCUCAACAAGACCAUGACCUCCACCGAGCAGUCGCUCUACUACCGCCAGUGGACAGUGCCCCGGCCCAGCCACAUGGACUAUGGCAAUCGUGCCGAGGGCCGUGUAGAUGGCUUCCACCCCCGCCGGCUGCUGCUCAGCGGACCUCCACAGAUCGGCAAGACGGGCGCCUACCUGCAGUUCCUCAGCAACCUGUCCAGGAUGCUCCUGCGGCUGACGGAGGUGGACGUGUAUGAUGAGGAGGAGAUCAACCCCGGCCCCCAGGAAGAACCCGAGUGGCAUUAUGCCCAGUUUAGUGAUCCCUGGCCAGACCUGGAGCUGUUCCGGAAGAUGCCCUUUGAUUACAUCAUCCACGACCCCAAGUAUGAGGACGCCAGUCUGAUCUGUUCCCACCAGCAGGGUGUCAAGAGUAAAGACAGAGGGAGCCGGAGGCCUGAGGACCCGCCCCCUCGGCGGCGGACGGCCCGCAUGCGCCUGUCCAAGUACGCGGCACACAGCGCCUAUCACCACUGCGAGCAGUGCCAGCACUACCUGGGCUCCCGCCUCCACUGCCAGCUCUAUGAGUCCACCCUGCACGCCUUUGCCUUCUCUUACUCCAUGCUAGGAGAGGAGAUCCAGCUGCACUUCAUCAUCCCCAAGUCGAAGGAGCACCACUUCGUGUUCAGUCAGCCGGGGGGCCAGCUGGAGAGCAUGCGCCUGCCCCUGGUCACUGACACGAGUCAGGAGUAUAUAAAAAGCCCAACCUUCACGCCGACGACCGGCCGGCAUGAGCACGGGCUCUUUAACCUGUACCACGCCAUGGAUGGUGCCAGCCACCUGCAUGUGCUGGUGGUGAAGGAGUACGAGAUGGCCAUCUACAAGAAGUACUGGCCCAACCAUAUUAUGCUGGUCCUGCCCAGCAUCUUCAACAGCGCCGGAGUUGGUGCUGCCCACUUCCUCAUCAAGGAGCUGUCCUACCACAACCUGGAGCUGGAGCGCAGCCGGCAGGAGGAGCUGGGCAUCAAGCCGCAGGACAUCUGGCCCUUCAUUGUCAUCGCUGAUGACUCCUGUGUGAUGUGGAAUGUGGUGGAUGUGGACUGCUCCGGGGAGCGCAGCCGGGAGUUCUCGUGGUCAGAGCGGAACGUGUCGCUGAAGCACAUCAUGCAGCACAUCGAGGCCUCGCCCAACAUCACCCACUACGCGCUCAUCGGCCUGCGCAAGUGGGGCAGCAGGACGCGUGGCUGCGAUGUGCGUGAGCCCUUCUCACGCUGCCACGUGCAUGACUUUGUUAUCCUGAACGUGGACCUCACGCAGAACGUGCAGUACAACCAGAACCGGUUCACAUGUGAUGACGUGGAUUUUAACCUGCGUGUGCACAGCGCUGGCCUCUUGCUCUGCCGCUUCAACCGCUUCCGAGUGAUGAAGAAGCAGAUUGCAGUGGGCGGCCAGCGCGCCUUCCACAUCACAUCCAAGGUGUCUGACAGCUCUGCGGCUGUUGUGCCAGCCCAGUACAUCUGUGCCCCGGACAGCAAGCACACAUUCCUCGCGGCACCAGCCCAGCUCCUGCUGGAGAAAUUCCUCCAGCACCAUAGCCACCGCUUCUUCCCACUGUCCCUGAAGAACCACAGCCACCCUGUGCUCUCUGUGGACUGCUACCUUAACCUGGGGCCUCAGAUCUCUGUCUGCUACGUGAGCUCCCGGCCACACUCCAUGAAUGUGAGCUGCUCCAACCUGACGUUCAGUGGGCUCCUGCUGUACCUGUGCGACUCCUUCGUGGGGGCUGGCUUUCUGAAACAGUUCCACUUCCUACAAGGUGCCACGCUGUGCGUGAUCUGUCAGGACCGGAACUCACUCCGUCAGACGGUUGUGCGCCUGGAGCUGGAGGAUGAGUGGCAGUUCCGGCUGCGGGAUGAGUUCCAGACGGCCAAUGCCAAGGAGGAUCGGCCCCUCUUCUUCCUGACGGGCCGGCACAUCUGAGCAAGGUGUCACGUCUCUCGUGGGGCUGGAGGUCCUGGGCCUGGGCAUUAGGACAGCGAUGGGCCCAAGCCACCACUGUACCACGUGGUGGGACAGGUCCCAGCCCUGUGUCCCCAGCAAGUGGCCCAAGAGCCAGGAGGAUGUGUCCCUGGGUGGGGGACCCAGUCCCCCCCCUGGGCCAGGCUCCAUGGCCCUACACUGUUCAGAAGCAGUUUGACAGAGUUUGGCUUGCCAUGGCCAUGCGUGUGCUUCCCAGGACAGACUCACAAUCUCGGAGCGGCGGAAGGAGCCGCUGCCUCUUGGUUGCUGCACGGAUGCCAGUGGCCAGGCUUCCCUGUGACUCCCACAGAGCAACACUCCAAAGGCACAGUUCACCUGGAGAGGCCGGAGACAGGAGAGGAUUGUUCAAUAAGGAUUACUGCACCGCUCACAGGUCGCUCUUUUAGGAGCAUGCCCCAGACAGCACUCGGAGUGAGGUACAGCAGCAGCGCAGAUAGGAGUCCACCAGCUUGCACAGGGCGGGUGCCCCGCCCCUCAGCAAGGGUGCUGAGAAAAGCUUUAAAAUAUGGUUCACAAGGUUGACCUGAAAUUUGCCUUACAAAGGGAAAAAAGAGCCAAAUUUCUUAGUGGAAAAAAGAAAAACAGUAAAAACUACCAAAGUGACAUGCAGUGUGAAGAGCUGGACCGGUCCCUCUGCUCUGUGAAGCCCCGCACAGGUCUGCCGCAAGCAGCAGGCUCCUCACAUGUGGGAGCCGGUUUGUGCCCCGCGCAUUGGAGCGCCACCUGCUGGCUUGGCGCAUAUGCGGACCAGGACGAGGCCAUUUGAAAGGCCAGAAAGGAACAGAGAAGCCAGGAAGAUCCAGAAGAACAAUUCCAACCCCAGCUCUAGGCUCUCUGUCCGGAUCUUUCUAGCCACCACACUCUGCUGGAGCUGGCCCAUAGCGGAGGGAAAAGCUUGAAGAUGUUUAAGAAUGGAUCAGCUAAAUGCAUCAUUCCAGGCCCUCCUUAGACUUUGGUAAGCACUGUAGACACGAUGCAAGCAGAAACUUCAUAAAUGAUGCCAAAGAAUGCCCGUCUUUCCCUCCCCCAGGAAGAAAGUAAAGUGACACGUAUAAAAGUUUUAGAUCAGUGUUUAUGAAAUGAUCCCUUUGUGUAUGCUGUUAUUCUUAUUAUGGAAUAAAAACUGACCUUUA